GCAAGCCUAGGGGUACCUGACAGGCUGUUACACAGGAAGAGCAGGCUGCAGAGUGAGAUUCUUCUCACAACCAUUCGCAGACCUACAGCAGCUCAGUGUAAACAGAGCAAAGCUUACCCCAUCAUCAUGAACAAGGUGAAGAAUUUCAAGCGUCGAUUCUCUCUUUCGGUACCUCGAACAGAGACCAUUACGGAGUCUCUGGCAGAAUUUACAGAGCAAUAUAAUCAGCGAAACAGCCAGCACAAUGAAGGUCUUGGUCAUUCUCAUCUACAGCUUUCUCAACUUAGCCCAGGCACAACGGCUCUGUCCCCAUCAGAUGGAGAAGGUUUCAUGAUAAAUUGCAGGAACCCUGGUCCUCGGCGUCUCUCCAUUGAGGGUGUAAGUAAAAAGCUUUCUCUGCCUACACGUCCUGAAAUCCUGACUAAGCUUCAGAUGAGCAGUCCAGAGGAUGAACAUAAGCCCACAAGCCGACUGUCUAGGAGGGCGUCCCUGUCGGAUAUUGGUUUCGGGAAAUUGGAGACAUACGUCAAACUAGACAAGCUGGGAGAGGGGACUUAUGCUACUGUAUUCAAAGGACGCAGCAAACUAACAGAGAACCUAGUGGCCCUGAAAGAGAUCAGGCUGGAGCAUGAAGAAGGAGCCCCCUGCACAGCCAUCCGAGAAGUGUCCCUUCUGAAGAAGUUGAAGCAUGCCAACAUUGUAACACUGCAUGACAUCAUCUACACAGAACACUCGCUCACCCUUGUCUUUGAGUACCUGGACAGUGACCUAAAACAGUAUUUGGAUAACUGUGGAAAUCUCAUGUGCAUGCACAAUGUCAAGAUUUUCAUGUUCCAGCUACUCCGUGGUCUAUCGUACUGUCACCAAAUGAAAAUUCUGCACAGAGACCUCAAACCACAAAACUUGCUGAUCAAUGAAAAGGGAGAGUUGAAGCUGGCAGAUUUUGGCCUUGCCAGAGCUAAAUCUGUUCCCACCAAAACCUACUCCAAUGAAGUGGUAACGCUGUGGUACCGACCGCCUGAUGUGCUGCUUGGGUCCACUGAGUACAGCACACCUAUAGAUAUGUGGGGAGUUGGCUGUAUCAUGUAUGAAAUGGCCACAGGACGACCUAUGUUUCCAGGUUCCACAGUGAAAGAGGAACUACACCUAAUCUUCAGAUUACUGGGAACUGCCACAGAGGAGACAUGGCCAGGAAUAUCUUCUAAUAAAGAGUUCAAAGCAUAUAGCUUUCCACAGUACAGACCUCAGCCAUUAAAAAGUCACAUUCCAAGGUUGGAUUCUGAAGGGAUCGAUCUUCUAAGCAACCUACUACUGUAUGAAGAUAAAAAGCGUAUCUCAUCUGACACAGCUCUACAACACCCCUAUUUCAAGGCUCUGGGUGAGAGAGUCCUCACCUUGUCAGACAAUACUUCAAUCUUCACUGUAAAAGAAAUACAACUUCAAAAGGACACUGGUCAUCGUGCCUCCAUCUUUCACCAGACUGCACGUGGGAAAACCAGAAGACAAAGUAUAUUUUAAGGAUGUCCGUGGAUGAAGCAAACACUCCUUUUUUAGGGUUUCCCCAUCUUCUCUACCAGAAAGACUCUGCAGUAAUAUAAAGCAUUGAGUAUUAACUUCAUCUUGUUGCACUGCAGUGAGUCUUGUGCCAAAUGUACUGUUAUAUGGACAUCAGGGGAUAGGUUCAGGGACCAGGGAACAUAAAAAAGAUGACAUCACUAAUGCCUUAUAUCACCUCCAAGGCACAAUGGAGGUUAAGAGUAUUCUUAAGUAGCAUAAGUUGUUGGGUGGAAACUAAGUGCUCUCUAUUUUCCUUUUAACUCUACACACAAAUAAGUUAAUCAUUUUGCAGCCCGAGUAUGUUGUUUGCACCUAAGUCUGCCACUCUUUAUUACAUUAAUUGUGCAAGUCUGUGUGUGUGUGUGUCACGGGUAAAGUAAGAUAUCAGGGUAAUCCUAGGAUUACCCGGGUAAAAUGGACAUUACCCAAGCGGCUGUGGGUAAAGCCUGAUGUACUGUAAUCCCCCCAUCUACACUAUUUUUUUGCCUCCAUCUGGGAGUGGGGUUGAAGGGGGGCACCCCGCCAAUCCUCUGCCAUCCACCCCAAGUGAACCUUGAACCCCCAGGAGGAAGCAAAAAAGCUAGUGAAAAUGGGGGGAUUACAGUGCAUCGUAUAUAUGUUUGAUGCGGUGUAAUCAUUGGAUUAAACAAUAUCUGACUGUACC